GUUGAGUUUGGAGUCCAGGGCUCCCGAGCCGCUUGGAGCGCGUUGCCUGAGUUGCAAAAGGGCAAAGCUGGGAGAGGGAUCGGAGCGCGGGAAGGAGCGCUGCUCAGGGGGCCGGGUGGGAGGUCGAGGCGGGCGAGCGCAGGCGAGCGGGCGCGCGCAGCAAAGGCAGCGCGCUGGGCGCACAGAUCCCAAGUCCAAGGCUGCUCGCUGGGAUUUCCAGCAGCGUCUCGGACGGAGGUCACUGCAUGGACAGCAUGAGUUUCUCCGGAGGCUCCGACGCGGGGGCCGAUGGCAACCGUAGCCGCUGGUGGCCCGUGGCUGCCGAAGGUGCUAAUGCUAGCCAAGAAACAGAAGGGCACGGGGGAGGCGGCGGGCCGCCGGAGGACGUGCGCAACGAGGAGCUGGCCAAGUUGGAGAUCGCGGUGCUGGCGGUGACUUUCGUGGUGGCCGUGCUGGGCAAUAGCAGCGUGUUGCUGGCCCUGCACCGCACCCAGCGCAAGACGUCCCGCAUGCACCUCUUCAUACGACACCUCAGCUUGGCGGACCUGGCGGUCGCUUUCUUCCAGGUGUUACCGCAGCUGUGCUGGGACAUAACCUACCGCUUCCGCGGCCCGGACUGGCUGUGCCGCGUGGUGAAGCACCUGCAGGUGUUCGCCAUGUUCGCGUCGGCCUACAUGCUGGUGGUCAUGACCGCCGACCGCUACAUCGCCGUGUGCCACCCGCUCAAGACGCUGCAGCAGCCCGCGCGCCGCUCGCGCCUCAUGAUUGCCGCCUCCUGGGUGCUGAGUUUCGUGCUCAGCACGCCUCAGUACUUCAUCUUCUCCAUGAUCGAGGUGAACAAUGUCACCAAAGCCCAGGACUGCUGGGCCACCUUCAUCCAGCCCUGGGGAACCCGCGCCUACGUGACCUGGAUGACCAGCGGCAUCUUCGUGGCCCCCGUGGCCAUCCUGGGGACUUGCUACGGCUUCAUCUGCUACCACAUCUGGCGCAACGUCCGAGGCAAGACCGCCUCGCGCCAGAACAAGGGUGCCCGGGAAGCGGGGAGCGCCUUCCACAAGGGACUCCUGGUGGCCCCGUGUGUCAGCAGCGUGAAGACCAUUUCCCGCGCCAAGAUCCGCACGGUGAAGAUGACUUUUGUGAUUGUGACCGCUUACAUCCUCUGCUGGGCGCCUUUCUUCAUCAUCCAGAUGUGGUCGGUCUGGGAUGAGAAGUUCAUCUGGACCGAUUCAGAAAACCCUUCCAUCACCAUUACAGCUUUACUGGCUUCCUUGAAUAGUUGCUGCAAUCCCUGGAUAUACAUGUUUUUCAGUGGCCACCUUCUGCAAGACUGUGUGCAAAGUUUCCCAUGCUGCCAAAACAUGAAGCAACAAUUCCACAAAGAAGAUACCGACAGUAUGAGCAGAAGACAGACUUCUUAUUCCAACAACCGAAGUCCGACAAACAGUACUGGCACAUGGAAGGAUUCACCCAAAUCUUCCAAGUCCAUCAAAUUCAUUCCUGUAUCAACCUGAGGCCUAACUCAUGCAGCCUGACUCUUGUUGAUCCAUUAGCUGAGCCCAGCUAGAAAUCAUAAGAACAAACUUACAUCAGACACUCAGAAAUCAACUCAUUGGGUACAAGACUUUGUUUCUAGUUGUGUUUUCCACAUCACUAUGACCAAAAACUAUGAAUUAUUUUAUAUAGAAUGUAAAUACAAAAACACACCACCCUGAAAUGUGCAGGCCUGAGUUCCAGAAAUACAACCAGAGUUCUGUGGAAUUCAUAACUACCCUGACUUCAUAUUUUGUGGUUGGUUCAUUUGAUAUUUUGACUUAAGUCAUAAGUAAGGCUUGUUUGGUUGAAGUGUCAUAGAUGCACUAUUUCUGAACAAAGUGAGCUCACGCUUUAGGAGAGACUUCAGAGAAAUCACGUUUCCAUCAGAUAUAAUCCAUUUAUUCUUUAUCGAAUGCAACUCCAAAUGGUAAUUAGCCAUUGGGUUCCUUGCUAGAGAUUUGAGAGACAUAUCGGUCAGGAGGGUGAUGACUUCAGAGUAAAAAUUACCAAGUUCUGUUACACUUUAUAUGUCACCCUGAAUGUAAAAUUAUAACUUGAUAACUGGCAGUGCCCUCUUUAGGUUCUUCAGGUUUUACUGGCUGCAAAAAUAUAAUUACUAAGUUGCUGAAUGUUAGAGAAAAAUGUCACUGUCCAAGACAGUGACAAUUUUUCUUCCCACUUGCAAUUGUUCUAAAAUCAGAUUUAUACAAGGAGUGUCAGCUUUUCUAUAACAUGAUUGCCUAAGGUCAUCUGUUGACUUUCUCUUGGACAUUGUAAACAUAUUUGACUGGUGUAACAAGAUGUCCUGUGCCAUAUUAUGUUCAUAUUUGGUGAAUCUGGAUCCAACAAUUAGAAAGUGAGUCAGAUAGAAAUACUCCCACCAUGUUAGUGUAGAGAAGAUGCAGGUGUGAAGUUAGGAAAAAGCGAAUGAGAAAAGAACUGCUCCACAUCUUCUCACGAUUCCUUCACUAUUAACUGUAUGGCUUUAGAUAUGUUUCUUAAAAAUACAAAGUCCAUUUCAUUGUCUCUACCAUGGAGUUGGUACCCUCACCUCACAGGGGUGUUAUGAGGACUAAAGAAAAUUCUAUGUGUGAAGAGAACUUUAUAAACACAUGCUAUACAUAUGCCAGUGAUUGCUUUUAUUGUACUCUCAAGACUUUCAGAAUUGUACAGAUUUUAUUUUCCACUCACUUGUUUUUCAUUAACUAGAAUUGUUUGUCUCAUGUCUGGGAUAUAAAAUCCUAAAAUUUAAAUAUAGAUCUGCUGAUUCAUUGCACAGCAUUGCCAGCAACCACUGAGAUUGACUUCUCUUGAACGACUGAAGUUUUCCAACAUAAUGGUAGAACUUGCUUUCUUUUCAAUGUAGGUAAACCAAAGCCAGCCAAGAGCAUCCAUGUCUGUUCAUUUCCAAAUAGAGAGAAAUUACAACACUGUUUGGCUCUUGCUGUUGCAUUUUUUUUCAUUCACAGGAUAAAUUGUUUGGUUUUUUUCCCCUAGCUAUUUUGUCUGGCAAGUUCUUGGAGAUGCAAUGGUUUAAGAAUGCACCAUAAAAUAUUUUUCAUCUUUUAGAGGAAAUGUUGUAUUUUAAUGAUAUUCUUGGGUUACUUUCUUCAUUUAGAGAUAAAAGACUGUGGGCUGAGGCCAUCGGCUUUCCUCCUCUUCAUUUUCCUGUCUUUCUAAAUUCUCAGCCCAUAAAUUCCCUGGUUUGAUAUACUAAAAAAUAUUUUCAAAUGUUCUUUAGAUAUUAUCCCCUUAGGUUUUAGAAUUCUUUUUCUAAAAAUAACAAAUAAGGCUAGAAUGCAUCUCAGUGGUAAAUCACUUGUCUAUCAUACCCAAGGAUCUGAGUUCAAUUCCCAACACUGGCUCGACCCCCCAAAAAGCCACAUUGAAUAAAAAUAACAAAUAUGUAUCUUAAAGGGCUAUCAAGUAAUAUAAUUGCUUUUUUAUUAUUUGAGUUAGAGCAGUACAACCAUAAUCACAUCUUUAUUAGAUAGUGAGCUCUUUGAACAAUUGCUUUUUGAUUAUUCAAAAACUAAAGUCUUUCAGAUUGGAACAAAAAUGAACUCACCUUUUCCUAAUCCAUUUCCAUAAUACCAAUCCCCUAAUUCUUUGGUAGAUUCUGUUUUAAAAUGUUGGCAUUUAUCAUCAGGGGAAGCAAUCCUAUUUACUUUAUCUCUAGGCCAUUUCUGAAGUAAGAUGCACCAUCAACUUGCUCUCUCUUUUCUCAUUUGAAAUGAACACGAGACAGCAGGAAACAGGUGGGGAGACACGAGAAGAUGAGGAUGCGAGUUUAGGCAGAGAAAAUUAAUCUAUCGAGUUCUAAACCUGCUUGAUGUUAUGUGCCUAGAAAUGCCAUUCAUCUAACCCAACAUUUCAAGUUGGAAAACUUGUGUCUAUUUCAGAAGGAAGAAAACUGGAGGCCUGAGGAGAAGUGUUCAGGGAAGGGAAACUUUUCUUUUCUUGACCAAAGGGAAGAUCUGAGAUAUUAUGCUUGAUGAAGGCUUCAAUUAAGAGUAGAUAUAUUGCAUUACUUUAUGCUAUUUUAUAGGGUUUUCUAUGCAAAUCUCUGCAAAUCACAAUAUUAGUGUUUUUAAUGUGGGUACCAUGAUUGGUUAAAAAUCCACCAGUCAGUAAAAAUGGUCUGUUGGAUGUUUGAUAAGCAUAAAAUGACUUAAAUAAAUAAAAAAAUCUAAAGUACAUAUUAACUUACAAUCAGUUAAUCUGAGACAUAUUUUAAAAGAUAUUUGGCUUUUUAUUGUGAAAUUUUGCUUUGAAAACUAACUGAUAUGUAAGAACAAAUGUGAAAUGAACAUAUAUUGAAUGCUUACUUACUAUGUGGAUGGUCCAAAACUCACAAUGAAGUGAUAUGUUUAAUGGGAAAUCACAUUCAUAAUUAAAUUCUUAUAAUGGAAACUAGAAGCUCUUCUAAACACAAAAUACAAUAGAUACACACACAUUCUCUCUUUUACUUUCUCUCUCUCUCUCUCUCUCUCUCUCUCUCACACACACACACACACACACAUAAGAAAAUUAACUGAAAAGGAAAUUCAUGAAAUUUCUUGGGUCAAGUAGAUAUAGAAUUGCUAUCCUCACUCCAUAACUUAUACCGUGAUUGAAAGAAGGUUUUGGUUUUAAAGAAAAAGUUCAAGUAAACUUCACAACACAAAGUACUUUUCCAAAUGUAUUGCAGUUCCUAGAAUGGAAAUGCACUCAUUGUGAAGAACCACAACAUCCGUCUGCUACUAUGCAAGUAAAGUAGUCCAGUUAGCUUAAAGUUUCACAUUUUUUAGACUCUAAAACCAGUAUUACAAUAAGUUAUUUGGACAUUGGAAGCUUUAAAGUAUAGCUCCCAGUAUCUUACUUAACUAUAGUAUAAUAAGAUGUCAUCUUAGGAAAAGGAGAGCCUACAUAACCCCAUGUACGUGAAGCAGGAGAGGACCUUGCAGAUUAUUAGGUUGGAGAUAACAGCUCUAUUUAGAGUGAGGUCUGGGCAGCACCAUCUUGGUGGCCAUUGCCAGGAUCCCAGAAGCAGCCAUUGCUUCCCCGCCCCCCCACCUUCCCCUGCCUGCCCCAAUGUAACCCUUCAGUGCCAGUCAGUGCAACCCUUGUUAACAAACUAACACAGGAUAGUCAAUAUUAGAGAAUUAUCCUUGAUUAGAGUUUGACAUCAGACAUUUUGAGUCAAAAUGUAAAGACUAUUCAGUUGAAAGCUAUUUCCCAAGAUAGCUAAAAUAGGGGGAAAUCACAAAUUGCAUGCAUAGACAUUGAAAGAAUAUUUCACAAGAAUUUAUAUGAAUAGAAUACAGAUGUGACUUAUAAUAUGUUAACAUAAAACAUGUAUUAUUAAAAUUAAAAUUGAAUGA